UCCGAAGGGUAAGCCUUAUAUAGUGGAUAUACGGUAAGUCGUCGACACACCCCUGUUCAAAUGCAAGGUCUCUGUGACGUAAAAAAAAAAAGCUUUCCACUGAGAAGUGGAAGUAAAAACAAAUCACGUGGUUGCAGUAGUGUGCACACCCUUUUAUAACCGGGGGGGCCUACAAUUCUCUCAAUUGUUUAUUUUUAAAUUCUCCUCGAAAAUGUGUUUUCAGCUGAGUUGUACAGGUUUGGAAAUGAUUUAGCUCGGUCUCAUUUUUUUUAAUUUUUUUUUUUAAUUGUGUCGGGCGGGGCCAAGCGAGGAGAGAGCACGGCACGGAGCGUUCGCACUAAUAAAACUUAAAUCGGUUCUAGUUUCAUACACGGUGCAUUUGCGGCAGGGCGCAAUUUCUGGCCCGUCUUGAUUUUCAUGAAAGCGCAAGGCUCGUUGCGUAACGUUCGCCAAUUUGUCAGACCGGUCCGCGCCAAGCUGGGCGUUCCGCUGCGGCGAGGGUGUGCCCUUGAAGACGCGACUGACACAGUGACAAUUCGGUGGCAGAAAGUUGGACUAAGUUCAAGGCUGCUCAGACCACAUCGAAGUCCCGGCGCAAGGUAGACCCCUGGUCUAACGUCUCCGUCACGACUCGGAUUGCGCCGCGUUUAAAGGGAAUGAGAGGAGUCGCUUUGAAUGGCGACAAAUGAAGUCGGCUGUAAACAAACCCACAGCGGCGCAGCCCGCCCGCUGCGGGAUCCGCCGGGCUGUCCUGGUCUCUGAAAUUCUUCACGCUGGUCACAGUCGCGCUGCCCGCCGCGCCAGAUUCACGCCAGUCACGAAAGUCAGCGACCGAUAUUUUUAUCUGCGGCCGAGUCCUUCCACACUGAGCUAUGCCGCCAUUUUAAGGUUCCGUUCCACCCGUGGACUAUUUCAUUCAUCCCAAAGCUAUUACUACGACCCAAACUACAUGUGUUUAAGAUGCAAUACAUUGGUAAGAGCAUACAAUAAAAGAUUUGUUGGACAAAAGAGUAGCAAUAUGCCACGAGCUGUAUAUACUAAGAUUUGUACGUCAAUGGCAGUUAAGUAUACUCGAAUAUCGGAAUGAAAUGUCCAAACUUAAACUCGCCUUGAUAUUUGUUAGCUCGCUCACUGAAUGUGCAUUUAUAGCGUGUGGAAAUGUAUAUGUUUUUACAUUGUCACAUUUGGUGGUUUGAAAAAAAAAAAAACAACGUCCGCUAUUACACACACACGCGUGACUGAUAAUAAUACCUUCCCCAAAAAAGUAAUCCUCUAUAACCCGAGACAGAACGGACAGGAUCCGGCGUCACACGCAUAGGAUGGACAUCUGUCACUGCCUAAAUAUGGGCAAGGUCCACAGGCGGGCCUCCAGUGGAAAAAGCGCGGGGGGCUCAGUCAGUCUUCCAGAUUUCCACCUCGUGGGCUCUCCCGUCCUCUCCCAGCGCUGACCUCUUUCUGUUCGGCUAACCCGUACGACACCACCGGAGGAAACAUGGAGGCUAUCAAGAAGAAAAUGCAGAUGCUGAAGCUGGACAAGGAGAACGCCAUAGACCGGGCGGAGCAGGCCGAGGGGGACAAGAAAGGGGCAGAGGACAAGUGCAAACAGCUGGAGGAGGAGCUGCUGGGUCUGCAGAAGAAGCUGAAAGGAGUGGAAGAUGAACUGGACAAAUACUCAGAGUCGCUGAAGGACGCCCAGGAGAAGCUCGAACAGGCUGAGAAAAAGGCAGCGGAUGCCGAAGCCGAGGUGGCAUCUCUGAACAGACGUAUCCAGCUGGUGGAAGAGGAGUUGGACCGCGCCCAGGAGAGACUGGCGACCGCUCUGCAGAAGUUGGAGGAAGCUGAGAAAGCAGCGGACGAGAGCGAAAGAGGAAUGAAGGUCAUAGAGAACAGGGCGAGCAAGGACGAGGAGAAAAUGGAGAUCCAGGAGAUGCAGCUAAAGGAGGCCAAGCAUAUCGCUGAAGAAGCCGACCGCAAAUACGAAGAGGUCGCGCGCAAACUGGUGAUCCUCGAAGGCGAUCUGGAGCGUUCGGAGGAGCGUGCCGAGGUGGCCGAGGCAAAAUCAGGCGACCUCGAGGAAGAAUUGAAAAACGUCGCCAACAACUUGAAGUCACUGGAGGCUCAGGCCGAAAAGUACUCACAGAAGGAGGACAAAUAUGAAGAAGAAAUUAAACUUCUUACUGACAAACUUAAAGAGGCCGAGACCCGAGCGGAAUUUGCCGAGCGAUCCGUGGCCAAGCUGGAGAAGACCAUUGAUGAUCUGGAAGAAAAACUGGCCCGGGCCAAAGAGGCGAACGUGGACAUGCAUCAAGUGUUGGACCAAACCAUUCUGGAGCUCAACAAUUUAUAAAGAUAUUUUCCCAGCCGCGAUUCCCAGUGUACACUUUGCACGACGGAACUUCACGUUACCAUCUGUGUGCAUGUUGAUGGUGUACUCCACAAAUGUAGCAUUUAUUCACUUGCACAAAUCAAUGUUUGCCAACACUCCCCACUCCUGAGCACCGGCGGCGACGCCGCGUUUUCCUCUUUUUCGAUUGGCUGGCGACCAGUUCGGGGUGUACCCCGCCCGCCUCUUGCCCGAAGAUUGCCGGGACAGGCUCCGGCAUACGCCCGCGACCCUCGUGAGGAUAAAGCGGUACAGAAGAUGAACGGAUACAAUGCAUUGGCGCCAUUCCGUCGUCGUUGUCGUCGCCAUGGUAACGCCACGCCUUUUCUGGUCUUGUCUCUCCGACAGUGUUCGAUUGAACAAGACGGAAUAAAGGGGUAUCGUCAUAAAUGUAUAGUCUUAGCAGUGGCUUACAAAGGUACGGCGAGCGGGGGGGGGAAGAACUAUGAAGUAGUUCAAAAUCUCCCAUUUUUGAACUCGUCCGUGUGAAAAAUGUACUUUCCCCCGACACAGUACGAGCGCGAACCUCCUCGUGACUUCUCCUGCCGGCCAAAAUAGCUCCGAGUUUCCUCGCGCGUCUCACCAGCACCACCGUGAAUAAAAACAUUGAUUUCAAGAAAUAUGGAGCAACUCUCUGCGUUUGUACUGUGUUACGUCAAACAAAAUGCCACGGCGGUGUGGGAACUAUCUUGACUUCAAGUAUCCUCACUUUACACUUUGAUCCUUUCGGCGAUAAAACACCCAUGUUCACACCCAGACCCGUGACACAAUAAAACCAUAUGACACAUUAGGUUCCAUCGGAAGGUCAUUGUAGAGGUCAAGAGGUGAGCCAAUUGCUGCUUUUGCAGUGUCACCUGAUUCAGGUAAGCUAAUCAGCUCGUAUUGAGCCAAUAAUGAUUCACAGCUGGUGUAUGAGUACGUUGUGUCAAGUGGCGCGUGUCUCCAGGAUCUCAUUCGGACGACUCACCUCCCACUUUUUUUUAUCAGUUUUUGCUUUCUUACUUUGACAUUUUCGUACAGCACAUUCACGUUUGCAGUAAGUUUCACUUACAAUUACUGUAAAAACCCAGCGAAAUGUCUAACAGUGUAGCAAGAGACCUUGCAAUUUUAUGGCUGCAACGCGUUCCAAAAAAGCUGGGCCAGGGUCAUGUUUACCACUGUGUUGCAUGACCUUUUCUUUGAACAACAACAGUCCGUUCAACAGUCCGGGCUCUCCGUUGUCGUAUUUUACGCUUCAUAAUGCGCCACGCAUUUUCAAGGGGAGACGGGUCUGGACUGCAGGCAGGCCAGUCGAGCACCCGCCCUCUUUUACGACGAAGCCGCGCUGUUGUAACACGUGCAGAACGUGGUUCGGCAUCGUCUUGCUGAAAUAAGCAGGGGCGUC